AUGUUUCGUUUUUUACCAUGUUGUUCCGAUUCAAAAAAUGAUAUAAUUUCUGGGACAAUUCUAAAAAAUAAAAUUGAACCAGAAACAGAGAAAGUUAAAGAUAAUGAUAAAGAAGAUAAAAACGAAGAAAAUAAGGUAGAAAUUGAAAAUAAAUUAUCAGAUAGAAAUUCUGGUUUUGAGGCAAAAGAGAUACCCGCUAAAUCUGUACGUCAAUCAGGAGAACAGGAGGCAGAUCAGGUUGCCUCUAACCAAAAAUUAGCAUUUGUGACAUAG